CAAGUCAAACACUCAGGCCCAAGAUGGCGCUCAUAACAAACGCGUCCACGCCGUUUUCAUCCUUAUUUUGUCGCUUCCUCUUCCUUAGUUUACUGUAUUUUACCCCAGGACUCGCACAAGAUGAAGUUCCUGGUAUUAAUGUUCCUACUAAUGUUGGUGGAAGUCAAAAGCCUGGAUCAGGAACCAUGCCUCCAAAGCCUAGCUCCACUGAAUAUCUUCAAGAUUUUCAUUUAAUGCAUGCUGGACGAGAGUUGAGUGUGAGAGAAGAUGGGAAGAACAAGUUGCAUAUCUUCUGUUACAAAGGAGAGCCAAAAACUCUCACGACACUCUUCAAAACCAUAGAGCUUCACCUGGAUAUUGUCGGGGAUAAUUUUCAUCACUUUGAAGGACCAAACUCCUCAGUUGUUAGACAAGAGCACCAGGAAGCAUCAUGGCUGUCAUUUUAUCCAUGGCGGCUACGAACAUUCAAACUGGAUAUAUAUAAGGAGUCUUGUGUUGGCAUUGAGGCAAAAACUGGCUUUAAUAUUCGUCUCAGAGUACGAUGGGUGGACUUAUGGCGUGUGGUGACUCUCAUCACAGCCGUGCUGCUCUUCUUCACUGCUCACCACCUGGCAAAGAAUACCUUCUUCCACUACACCACAGGAAUUACUAUUGGAAUUUUAGGCUCUCUCCUAAUUAUUGUUUAUAUUAUGGCAAGACUUGUGCCAAAGAAAUCUGGUGCAGUGACACUGAUGGUUGGAGGCUGGGGCCUGACGAUAUACCUCAUCCAGUACCUGUGGCAGAACUUCCUCUCCAUUGUGAAAGAAAAUCAUUCCAUUGCUGUUGGUUAUAUAGUGGUGGCCGGACUGAUCAGUUUUGCUAUGGUGUAUCGCUAUGGCCCUCUAACAGAUAAGCGUUCAAUCAACCUAGUUCAAUGGGCUAUGCAGCUGGCAGCAGUAGUCGCAGUAUUUUUAAGUAGCCAGUAUCGUGAAGCUACAUUAGGAAUCAUCAUUGUAAUGGUAUCUUAUCACACUGUUCCUGAUAAGUGGAAAUCCAAGUUUCAGACCUUCUGGCGUCGGCAAUUUCCCCCCAAAGUGAAAUGGUUAACAGAAGAAGAAUAUAUCCAAGAGGCUGAUGUAGAAACUCGCAAAGCUUUACAGGAUUUAAGAUCGUUCUGCCGAUCACCAAACUGUGAUGCCUGGAAAACAGUCUCAAGACUAAAAUCACCACAAAGAUUUGUAGAGUUUGUUGGGAUUCCUCAAAAGAGGCUGAGUGGCACACCAAACAGAGCCCACAGAGAGAGAUUUGCAGAGUUCGUCGAGGGCGGGUCUCACUUGGACGAUGAAGCGAUCCUGGCAUAUGAAUGUAAUCACCUGACGCCAUCUCGAGAUGAUGACAACAGUGAAGACAGCGACCCUUUUGCCACCUCAGAUGAAGAAGAAUUGUAAGGUCCUAAUCUAAUUAAGGCACAUUGUAAAACAACAAAAUUUUGCCCAACUCUCUCCCACCAUGGAAGAACUAGUGGUACACUGUAUUUAGAAUGGUGCCAAUUUUAUUAUUCUGAAGAGAACUGCAAUUGACAUUUUAAAUUAUAAUUAUAUUUAGCUUUGUCUUAUUAAAUAUAAUGGAGAGGCACUAAAUGAUUGAGGAAGCUUGGAAACUUUUCUGCCUCAAAAAAAAGUUAGCCUCAGUGUUAUAUGGUGCAGUAUACCCCUCUAUUGUGCAUUGGCUGUGAACUUUGAUAUCUCUGAUAUCUUGCAACAUGGUGUGUUAGGAUCAUUUGAUUAAAAUAUGUAAAUAUUUGUAUAUUUGUAAGGCAAUAGGAGUGUUUUAGGGAUUAUGUAAUCUCUAUACUUUACAUUUGAUACUGAGUUUUCUUUAGCUACUCAUAAAGCUAAAUAGUAUAGGUAAGGCUUUUGUACAUUUAUAGUACUGUAUUUUCAUUGUGAAAUUCAGUAUCUUGCUUGUUUGUAUCUUUGACAAUUCAUUUCUCCUUAGAGCUUUCCUCUGAGGUGGUGGCAACAACAGAAUACUUCAAAGUAGCUGUAAUUAAUUGUCUGUCUAAUUGCUCUAUUUCCUUAAGUUUACUUAAAAUCUUUACUGUUUAUUAUCUUCUGUCCCAUCACAGGAUAUUGCAUGUCUUUCCCUAACUUUAACACUGUAUAUAAUUCAUGUAUGUAUUGCAUCACUGUCUCCACAUAUCCCGAUCAUGAGAAAGUAUUCUUCGUAAACCAGUUUGUUAUACAAUAUACUUUAUAUCCAGGGUGUUAUUUCACCAUCACAUGUCACUAUUUCUUAGUCAUUGAUUUGGUCUGCCAGCUAGGCCAACAGGCAAAACUAUUUAGGAAAUAUUUUACAUACUCCUUUAACUCAUUAACACUUGACGGUUGUUUAAAUAUUUGAGGAAGAGUUAAGACAAGGUUGGCCUCUCUAAAUAGGGAAGACUCAUUGUGAAAUGGGUAUCAAAGAUACCUGUGAGAUAUGUUUCCUACAAUGGGGGAUAAAUCUAAGAUUUUAGUCAGUGCUCAAAGUUACUUUGAUGAAGAAAAUUGAAUAGAAUAUUUUUCUUAAAAUGCGGCAGAUGUCGAGCUUUUGCUUUUGUUUCCUGUGAUAAUUUAAUAUAUUUAUUCAUGAUGUAAUAUUUUCUUUUUUGCUGUGGGUAUACAAGAGCAAAUUAAACAUAUUGUAUAUUAAUAUAUGUUAUUACUUAUUU